UGACUCAUGCCUCGAAUUCCAACUCGAUUAGUACUCAAUGCACAUAAAGAGAAUCCGCUUCUCCCAUUGCUCCUGCGGGAAUGCCGCACCUUGCCAUCUGCACGAAAUGAACUUCGCUGGCUAAGGGAAAAAGCUAUCGGUAUUGCCGCGAAAAGGGGAAGACUUAGAAGGUCAACCACCUUAUUUGGCUGGAGAAGCACCCUGAGGUCGAUGUGCCGGGAGCGAUCAAAGGGACUGCCACUUCAAUACAUUCUGGGGGACCAGCCAUUUGGAGAUCUCGAGAUACUUUGCGAGAGAGGGGUGCUGAUUCCCAGACCAGAAACCGAGUCCUUGACAUUUCAUGCUGCCACUGUGAUUCUGCGAGAAUUCGGUGGCUGCAGAAAUCUAGAUGGGUCAAUCACUGCAUCCUCUCUCCGAAUACUAGAUCUUUGCUCCGGCACCGGCUGCAUAUCGCUUCUCCUGCAUGCUCUCCUUUCGCGUUACUAUGAUCGGGUAUCCGUCCUGGGCGUAGAUAUCAGCAGCAGAGCUGUUGAUUUGGCCAGGAGAAAUCUUCACUACAAUGCUAGAUUGGAGCAUUUGUCUGGUCGCGCUCUUCAAGAAGUGCAGUUCCUCCAGGGUGAUGUACUUCGCUGCAAAGAACAUGAGCACUCAGACAUUUACCAGAUCCUACGGGAGUACUCUCAUUCGCAGACCAUCACACUUGGCGGGGAUGAGAAUCUUCGAUGGGAUGUGUUGGUUUCAAACCCACCUUAUAUAUCAGCUGAGUCAUUUCGAAAUGGGACUACAGCGCCCCACUAUUGCGUUAGUCCCCCUCAUUGGAUGCAUACGUCUAUGUUUGGACUGCAUGAGGAGGAUUUGUUCUACCAGAGAUUAAUUCUGCUAUCAUUUGAUCUUCAAGUAGGAUUGACUGUGCUGGAGUGCGGCGAUCGACUGCAGGCGGAACGAGUAAAAUCUGCUUGCAGUGAAAUUGCAGCUAACCGCAGAGCAGCAGAUACGUUAUCCAUAUGGGUGUGGCCUCUGGACACUGGGGUUGCAGCAGACUCGCCCUCUUCAGAUCAAGAUCCAUGUGCUGUUUUCUUAUAUAGACGGCCUAAGCUUUAAGACUCUCGCAUUAUACUGGGCGCUUCUACAGAGUAAACCCGUCCUACUAAUUUUAAUAGUCGGCCACGCCAGUGACCCCAGUGGGAUGUGGAAACUUGUGUCCACAUAUAGACCUAAUCUUGAUACAGAGUUACAGGUGCAAAGGUCCUAUACUCCCAGUAAUUAAUCUAACACUCUAGGGCGUGCUGGAGAUGGUGG